AAUUCUCCGAAAAGAAACAACAGAGCCCUGUGCCAAGAUCAGACCGUGUGCUGUGACGCACGGAGCUUGUGUUUGGCCUGCUUUUCAACAAUAUCAUGUUUGAAGUAAAAAACGAGAACAAUUUUCCUUCGUGUCGGUACGGCGACAACAGCAGUGAAUCAUCUGAUAUCCAGUCCCCAAUGGCGCUGUGGGCCAGGGCUCAGUCGCUGCCUCCAGAGGCACUACAGCAAGUGAGAGCAAUCUAUACAGAUAGAUUCCCUAUUGAAGUACGCCACUUCCUUGCAUCAUGGAUAGAAGAAAAAAUGUGGAGCAUGGACAUUGACAUUGACAACCCUCAAAAUGAGCAGUAUGCUUCUAGCAUAGUUGGAGAUCUUAUUCAACAGUUGGAAACUAAAGCAAACUCAAUGAACUCUGAAGAACUUGUUAUCACUAAAUACAAACUCAUGGAUUCAGCAAAUCUCUUCAAGCAACGGUAUGCACGCUGUCCUCUGGACUUGUUUCGUCUGAUGAGACACUGCCUGAAUGCUGAAUUGCAAGUGAUACGGCAAGUUGAAAAUGUCCCGGUAGGAUCUGUGCCUCCUGCUGCUGGGCUCAUGCCAGACUCAGUAGCUGAAAUUGCUCAGCAAAUUGACGUUUUACGACACCGCACCUCUGAAACAGGGAAACUACUCCGUCAGAUGGAGCAAGAGCAAGAAGGCUUUGCUCUUCAUUAUCAUGAAUGCACAAAGUUAAAUGCACAUCUUCAACAUCUACAAUCGCAGCAGCCCAACCAGCAAAAUGUAGAAUUAGAGAAGGCAGUUAGUCGCCAGAAAAAUUCAUUAGAGCAAACUUUGAACCAAAAGGUUUCUAGCCUUCUGGGGCUUAGAUUUCAGUUGGGUGACAAGCUUUCUGAGACAGUCACACAUCUGGUAACAUUGCAGUGCCGGGUUUUAGAUGAAGAACUAAUUCGUUGGAAAAGAGAACAGCAGCUUGCAGGCAACGGAGCCCAGUUCAACAGCAAUCUAGACAAUAUCCAGGAUUGGUGUGAGAGUUUGGCUGAAAUAAUCUGGCACAAUCGCCAACAGAUUAAAGAAGUGGAGCGACUGAAACAAAAGUUAGCUAUUGAACCACCUGGUGUUGUUGAUGUCUUGCCAAAUCUGAACAUUCAGAUCACUCAGCUUUUAUCAUCUCUAGUCACCAGUACAUUUAUUAUUGAAAAGCAGCCACCACAAGUCAUGAAAACAAAUACCCGAUUUACCUCAACGGUUCGUUUGCUGGUUGGAGGGAAGCUGAAUGUUCAUAUGACACCCCCUCAGGUAAAGGUCACUAUUAUUAGUGAGGCCCAAGCCAAUGCUCUUCUUAAAAAUGAUAAAAUUGGAAAAGGAGAAGCCAGUGGAGAAAUUCUGAACAACACUGGCACAAUGGAAUAUCACCAAGCAACCCGACAAUUGUCUGUCAGCUUCAGGAACAUGCAGCUGAAAAAAAUCAAGAGAGCAGAAAAGAAGGGUACAGAAUCAGUCAUGGAUGAAAAAUUCUCAUUGCUCUUCCAGUCUCAAUUUUCUGUUGGUGGUGGAGAAUUGGUAUUUCAGGUGUGGACGCUUUCUCUUCCUGUUGUCGUCAUUGUUCAUGGCAAUCAGGAGCCUCAUGCCUGGGCUACUGUCACCUGGGAUAAUGCUUUUGCUGAACCAGGACGUGUUCCAUUUGCUGUACCUGAUAAAGUACCUUGGUGUCAAGUAGCUGAAGCUCUGAACAUGAAAUUUCGUUAUGCCACUGGUCGACCCCUAACUGAAGAAAAUUUACGGUUCUUGGCUGAAAAGGCCUUUCGCAAUCCAAACAUGACGGAUUUUCAAAAUCAAAUGCUGACUUGGUCUCAGUUUUGUAAGGAGCCAUUACAAGAACGCAGUUUCACAUUUUGGGAGUGGUUUUAUGCUGUUGUGAAACUCACAAGAGAACACUUGCGCCAACCAUGGACAGAUGGACUUAUUUUGGGAUUUAUACGUAAAAAGCAAGCAGAAGAUAUGCUCAUUGCCACGGGAGUUACAAGCACUUUCCUCCUCCGGUUCUCUGACUCGGAACUUGGUGGCAUUACAAUAGCUUGGCUUGGUGAUGGAGAUGUUUGUCCCCAAGUUUUCAUGCUGCAGCCUUUUACCAGCAAAGAUUUUGCCAUUAGAAGUUUACCUGAUCGUAUUGCAGACUUACAACAUCUUGUUCACUUGUACCCUGAUAUCCCCAAAGAUCAGGCCUUUGGCAAAUACUAUACCCCACUUGAAAACCAACCAACUUCCAACAACGGCUAUGUCAAACCAUUCUUGGUUACACAUGUUCCUGGCUGGGGUGGACCUGGCCAGUCUACUCCUAGUUAUCCAAAUACUCCAAUGUUCCAAGCGCCUUCACCAGAAGCUGGAUCAGCGAGAGACACUCCUUCUGUUGCCAGCCAUGUGUCCGACUCUGUCUCCAGUGAGCUGGAGUGGAUUCUGAGUUAUGCUGGAGCAGGUGCUCAGGGUGCCACAGGAGAAAUAGAGUACGCUAGCAAUAUGGAAUUUCUUGACGACCCUCUGGAUUUCAACUUCGACCCCUAUUUAAACCCUCCACCCUUCCGCCCAAAUUAAGGCAAAUAUUUUUAUCUGUUGACUUGGUUUUUAACUUUUUGUGUUCACUAUUCUUCAGAGGCUUGAAGGCAUUUAUUGUUAUGGAUUUGUAUGUUUAUUUUGUACAAAAGUCAAUAUUGUGAAACAUGAUUAAUUUAUGCUUUCAGACACAUAAGUAGAAAUGAGAUUUAUUUUCUUUGUAUAUCACUUUCUACCAUCGCUUGUUCUGUGUCAUCUAUUGUUUUGUUUUAAUUUUCUUUACUGCCACUCUAUAAAUUUUUAAAGCAUUGUGAGACUAAUUUUAGGAUAGCAAUCUUACCAUAGAUAUAAGGACUUGCUAAACAGCUGAACAGAAAUUUCUGAACAACUUUCCAGCACUGCUACUCUUUGUCUCCUCGAAUCUAUUUCUUUCAAGUCCUCAAUAGUCAUAAAACUGUGGCCGUCACAAUUUGCUUGCAUUCCAUUAAGGUUUUAUUUCAAAGUGAAUUAUAAUACAGCCACAUCUUUGCUAUGAUUUAAAUGUAUUUUUAUUGAUUUUUUUUUUUUUUUAAUUUUUUUUUUGUUUUGUCUAUCUUCCUUCACACUAGGAAUUUUAUAAACUAUUUAAUGUGCCAUGGCUGGUCACUCAGUCAUCUGAGUUUCCCUUCAAGCUCCAUUUGCAGGGAUAUUAACUUUUUAAUAAUUAUUAAUUAAUAAUUUAGUUGUAAAGGAUGAAUAUUGUAAGUUGUGUUUAUAGCUUUUAUUAAAGUUUCUUCUUUGUAAAUGCUUACAUUUAACAUCAACUUGAUGUUAACUGGUCCUAGUGAAUUUGCUGUUAUGUAUUUUCAUAUUGCUUGAAAGAAAAAUGUUAAGUUUUUAGCAUACUGUAUUACCUAUCUGCAUCUAUUAUUUUAGGGCUGUGUGUAAGUUAAGAGCAUGUAUGAUAAUGUGACAACAGUGAUAUGUUUUGUACCGUAACUGCUUACUUUAUUUUCAGCAUUGUAGUAUUUGAUAACACUAGAGUUGCUGUUCUUAAGGUGAAUGAUGUUUCAUGUGCUUGUGCAUUUUAUGAUGACUAUUUCUUUUAGGUGCAAGGUAAUUUAGACUGAUAUUGGCUUAAAAGAACAAUAAGCCUCUGAGGAGGUCAAAGUGUGGUGUUCAUCAGCUCAUAUUGACUUGAAAAUGGUGUUCUCAGGAAUUCAGAAUAGCCCAUACAUACACCACACAAGGCCGUUCGUAUUUACCUUAGAUGAUGGGUAUGAUGAGUGUUUUAGUACAAAUAUAGAAAAUAAUGAAUAGUUUUUAUUGUAUUGAACCAAUGUAAUUCUAUGUCUAUUUUUACUGUUUUAUCUAUUAUACUGUUUGUGAUCUCUGUAAAUGUAAGUAUUUUAAAGCAUGUUAACAAUCUAUGAACUUGACUCAAUGUAAUUUUCAUGUGGCAGUUAAUAAAUAUUUGGCCAGAACCAA